AUGGCCGAGCGCAAUCUCUCCCAGAUCAUCUCUCAGCUCAAGCAUUCCCCCUCCAUGAGCUACACUGAUGCCAACGCCCUCCUCUCAAAGGCCAAGCUUGCUCUGCUCAAGCUCAACGCCCUGACGCCCUCUCCUUCGACCCCCACGCAACUCCUUCCUCUCGCCCGUGAGACCUACGAGCAGGGCGCCUUAUUUGCCAUUCGCGCUCGCAACCCCGAAGCCUUCACCCGCUACGUCCAGCAACUCCAGCCCUUCUACGAGCUGCCCGCCUCCGUUCUCCCACCCAACCUUCUCGAGCGUAACAAGGUUACUGGUCUGAGCUUGCUUCUUCUCUUGACACAGGGUCGAUAUGCUGAGUUCCACACUGAGCUUGAGAGCUUGGAGAACCGUGAGGGAGGUGGCGGUGACGUCGAGAGCGAUCGAUACCUGGGCUAUCCUAUCCGCCUGGAGAGAUGGUUGAUGGAAGGAUCCUACGACCGGGUGUGGAAGGCCAUGAAAAGCAGCGAGGUUCCUUGCGACGAGUACAGCGUAUUUUCUGAGAUCCUCAAGAACCAGAUUCGUUCCGAGAUUGCUUCCAGCAGCGAGCGCGCGUAUCCUAGCUUGCCUAUUAGCUCUACAAAGUCCCUCCUCUUCCUGGAUUCCGAAGGCGACGUUAUUUCCUUUGCUCGCCACCGUGGCUGGAUUGUUCGCGAUGGCCACAUUUACUUCCCUGAUGCUGCUGAAGGUGAGAAUGGUGACCAGAACAAGGACAUGAGCCAGAUGGUGAUAGAGAAUGCUCUGGGUUAUGCCCGAGAGCUCGAGACAAUUGUUUAA